AAAGUAACUCAUAUAUGUUGUAUCUGAAUUAUGAGCUUGUUUCUGGGCCUCCGAUGUUUGGAGUGCUGAUGUUGAAGAUGUUCAGAUCAACUUCUACAGGCAUACAGGCAAGUCUGUCAUCCAUUUUCAGAUAGACAACCAUAAACAACCAAGUGUCAUUGCCACCCUAAAACAUGUUAUGUCAAGGUAGUACUAGCUUGUUUUUGUGGGGCUGUGAUGUUUGUGUUGUAGCUUAUGAAGGGAUUCACGUGAAGCACCAAGCAGAUAAUCUCGUCUUAAGCAACGGCCUUGGUGUAACGGAGUUCGCGUUUCGAAUGACUCGGCAUGUCCCGUGCACAUCUGCUGCUGCGGUGACCAGACUCUGGCGGAAUGUUGAUACAUUUCAGUGGUUUCUGAAAACAAGCUGGUCAAAGUAACCGAGAGGUUUCUGUGUGUGCGUGUAGACCGCAGCGUGUUAACAUCUGUGUGUGGCUCACUCUGCCACCGGCUUCACUGUGUAUCUGUCUGCGUUCAACCACUUUCCCACCCGGGGACCACCGAUCCCAUUAGACUUCAUGGUUUGAUGAAAGCUCCACCAAGAAUUCUGCCACCGCUAUUUCCCCUGUGGCACCUUCGGUUUGCUUUCAGGCUCAAGUCGCUCCACUUGCAGCAUUCCCUCACUGCCUCUGAGUGACAUCAUCGGAGUUUCCCUUCUGCAGAGGCAGCAGGGGAAGCAUAAAUACUACCGGCUCUUUAGCAGAGCUUCAUUCAAACUUACCACAAAGUGAAGAGGAAAGGUCCAUUGUCUGUGAUCUGAUUUUGAUUUUGAUCGAGACGGAGAGCUUCAUGCAUAAGAUGGUGGCCUACACAGCAGCACCAGGUGAUGUGGAGACGGGCGAGAACACCCUGGUUAAGAUGGAGAGCAAUUCAUCCAGAUGGAUUUGGAAGCUAUUGGUGUCCAUCUUGGCCGUAACCCUCUGCGUGGUGGGUGUGCUGCUUAGUCUUUGGCUGUGGAACGGGCGGCCAGAUUUGAUGGCAAAAUUGGGCCAAACUGAAUUGCUGACUCAGAAGGGAACAGAUCAUCAAAUCACACUGAGGCAGAUCGGCACCACGGCCAAAGCAGCCAUCCAUCUGGAAGGCAGCUACGACAAAGCUGAGCCCAAAUCGCUGGUGUGGAAGAACGGUCAGGGCCAAGCCUUCGCUCAGGGCGGCCUCGAGCUGGUGGACAACCGGAUCAGAAUCCCCCGCAAGGGCCUGUACUUCGUCUACAGCCAGGCCUCCUUCCGCAUCAACUGCAGUGACGACGACGAGGACUCGGAGGACCCCGGCCUCAUGUCGUUCAGCCACAGGAUCUGGCGCGACUCCGACAUGGUGGGAGGCAAAUCCACCCUGAUGGGCGCGGUGCGGUCGGCGUGCCAGCACGGCACUCAGGAGACCGGCUGGUACAACGCCAUCUACUUGGGCGCCGUCUUCCAGCUCAACACAGGAGACGACCUGUCGACAGAAACCAGCAAGCUGUCAGAGGUGGAGACCGAGGACAGCAAGACCUUCUUCGGCGUCUUCGCCCUUUGACUCCAGUGAGCCUGAGCGUUCUGAUAAUAUAUUUCAUCGUCAUGGUGAUGCGUAAAAUCUCCUUUGAGAUUUCAGAGUCGUAUAAACUGCAACAGUUUGGAGACUUAACUUAGACUUUAUACACUUUAACGAAGGUUUCAACAGCUCCUUCAACCACUCUGUUGCUACUUUACAAGACAUUCCUCAGGCAGAGUGAAUGUCACCGUCCGAUCCCGGAUCCUUCUUGUCGUCCCUCCUCUCAGCUGUAAAUGCCACACAUUCUUAUACUAGGAGAUUGAAGCUGGUUCUCUGUUGCCUUCUCUCUGUGGGGGAAAACCCGUUUCUGCUUUCACAAUCUCAUGAGUUCAGGUUUCAGGAACAAAACUUUAAUUGAUCAUCAGAAAGUUCUAUGUACAAGAUGCGCCCUCAAAUAGUUUACUUUUAUCAGGCAAUGGUACAACCAUAAUAUGGUUAGUAAGUUACUGUGAUUUAACUUUUCUAUACCUGUUUAUUUAUUUAUACUGACCUGAGAUUGUACAACUUUCUCUGCUGUAUGUUUUUAUUGUCAUUUUUGAAUGCUUGCUGUAUUUAUUGAUAUUUAUUUGUAUUUAAACCGUGGG